AGGACCAGACUCCUGAGCUUCUGGCGCAGUGUUUCUGCGUGAGAGGGGACCCCCACCCGUCACUUCCUCCGGGCCCUCGGUGCUGUGACGUCUGGAAAGACGGGGUCGACAAGCCAGGGUCAGGCCGUUGAAUUCGGAGCUUCAAGUGGGCGGACCUCCUUCUGCUUCUCCUAGAUUGGCGGGGAGAAUUCACCAAUGAGGACCUCUAGGAGGAGGACCUAGAACAGCAGCAGCUUGAGGAAGAGGAGCAGAUUUCAAGUUGGCAGCGGUGUGGGCUCCAUGUGGGGGAGGGGUAGCAGGUUUUUCUCACUGGAUCUCUGAAUUCUGAGGACCCCUUCACCAUGGCAAGCCGGGGUGGGGGCCGGGGCCAGGGUCGGGGCCGGGGCCAGUUGACCUUCAAUACAGAGGCUGUGGGCAUUGGGAAGGGGGAUGCUCUGCCACCAUCUACCCUGCAGCCUUCUCCACUCUUCCCGCCAUUGGAGUUCUACCCAGUGCCUCUGCCCUCAGGAGAGGAAGGGGAAUAUGUCCUGGCACUGAAGCAGGAGCUACGAGGGGCCAUGAGGCAGCUCCCCUACUUCAUCCGGCCAGCUGUCCCCAAAAGAGAUGUGGAACGUUACUCAGACAAAUAUCAGAUGUCAGGACCGAUUGACAAUGCCAUUGAUUGGAACCCUGAUUGGCGACGUCUACCCCGGGAGCUAAGGAUCCGAGUGAGGAAGCUACAGAAAGACCGGUCCGCCAUUCUAGUCCCCACAAGGCCCCCUAAAACCACAGAAUAUAAGGAGGAAACAAUACAGAAACUAGAGACCCUGGAGAAAAAGGAGGAAGAAUUAACUUCAGAGGAAGAUGAGGAGAAAGAAGAAGAAGAGAAGGAAGAGGAAGAAGAAGAGGAGUAUGAUGAAGAAGAACAUGAAGAGGAAACUGAUUACAUCAUGUCAUACUUUGACAAUGGAGAGGACUUUGGGGGUGACAGUGAUGACCAUAUGGAUGAGGCUAUAUACUGAAAAAGGACCCUAAACAACAUUCUGGAUCUUCAUAUAUUUCUAAUUUAAGAUACAGAGAGUAACUGUGUCUAUUAUUUGGUUUUGUGGACAAGGAAAUAAUUUGCUCUGAGUCCAGAUAAUCUGUUUGGUCCCUAGAAAUAGAAAUGGAGAAUGACAACAGACGUUUUCUACCCUUCCCCUCCCUCUACCCUUGUACCACUUCUGAUAUCUUGGAGAAAGGGCAGAGGACCAAUGUGUUAAUUGUAUGAAAGGGAGAAGGGAAGGUCAAAAGAAGAAAUGGAAUUAUUGGAUCUGAGACAGCUGUACAUAUGCCCUUACCCAUUUUUUAUAUAGUUCUUUGUGGAGAUAACUGGGGGGUGGGAGCAGUUAAGAGGAUUAAGGCCAGUUUUAUAUUUUUAAAUAAAAUAUUUUUAUCUGUCUCUCUA